UUUUUUUGUGGUAGAAUCAUCUCCGCUGAGUGGCUUUUGGGAAAUUCUUUUUUUCACACUUUUUUUUUUCUUCCUUCCUUCGUUUAUUUUAUUAUUACCAUCUUUCUAUCUCAAUUUAUAUCACUUUAACAUAAAUAUGGAUGUUUUGGCUACGUGUUUGAAGGCUAUCAAUAAUGCUGAACGUUGUGGAAGACGUCAAGUUCUUAUCAAAAUAUCUUCCAAAGUCGUUUUCAAGUUUUUGUGUGUCAUGCUAAAACAUGGUUAUAUUGGUGAAUUGGACAUAGUCGAUGAUCAUCGUUCUGGCAAGGUUAUCGUUCAACUCAAUGGUCGUUUGAACAAAUGUGGCGCCAUAUGUCCUCGAUACUAUAUUAAGGUUACUGAAUUGGAAAAGUAUAGAUCCAAGUUCUUGCCUGCUCGUCAAUUUGGUAAACUCGUCUUAUCUACUUCUGCUGGUAUCAUGGACUUUGAAGAAGCUCAUCGCAAGCACCUUGGUGGACAUAUUCUUGGCUUCUUUUAUUAGGCUUGGAUUAUUUAGUUUUAUUUGUUAACUAAAAGAAAAUUAGUUAGUUGUACAUAGUUUUUUAAUAAAGAAAAAUAGUUAUAUUAUAUCAAAAAAAAAAA